AAACAGAAGGAAAGCAGUGGGGUAGAGUUCCAAGAGAUCUGAGCACUGUUGGACCUGGGUUGAUCUUCAUCAUCUACCCUGAGGCAAUUGCCACACUCCCGCUUUCCUCGGCCUGGGCUGCUGUCUUCUUCCUCAUGCUGCUCACUCUGGGUAUCGACAGUGCUAUGGGCGGCAUGGAGUCUGUGAUCACUGGGCUUGUUGAUGAGUUCCAGCUACUACAUCGGCACCGAGAGCUCUUCACUCUUGGCAUUGUCCUGGCCACCUUCCUGCUGUCUCUCUUCUGCGUCACCAACGGUGGCAUCUAUGUAUUCACACUGCUGGACCAUUUUGCAGCGGGCACGUCCAUUCUCUUUGGUGUGCUCAUUGAAACCAUUGGGGUGGCCUGGUUCUAUGGUGUCCAGCAAUUCAGUGAUGACAUCAAGCAGAUGACAGGCCAGAGGCCCAACCUGUACUGGCGGCUCUGCUGGAAGUUGGUCAGCCCCUGCUUCCUUCUGUAUGUGGUUGUGGUCAGCAUUGUGACCUUCAGACCCCCACACUAUGGAGACUACAUCUUCCCAGACUGGGCCAAUGCACUGGGCUGGAUCAUUGCCACAUCCUCCAUGGCCAUGGUGCCCAUUUAUGCCACCUAUAAGUUCUGCAGCCUGCCAGGGUCCUUCAGAGAGAAACUGGCCUAUGCCAUCACGCCUGAGAAAGACCGCCAGCUAGUGGACAGAGGGGAGGUGCGCCAAUUCACGCUGCGCCAUUGGCUGUUGGUGUAA